AAAAGAAAAAUAAAAUAAACCCUAUCGAGCAGACGGCAGCAGCAGCAGGAGCAGAGCCUCAAUCCUCUACUUCUCAUGAUCUGCGAUCCACUGACGCCCACCUCCACCAUUCUCCUUCUCCGUUCGGCAGUUCGCCGCCGCUAUCUACGGUUAAUUUAAUUUUAAUAUAGCAUUUCGGAUAACUACUCCAAACUUAAUUCUUGUCCUCCGAGCUCCCAAUUCUCCGCUCUAGGGCUUCUGAUUUGACGAACACCACUAUGGCUAUGCAAACUGGAGUAGGGCUUUCUAAGAUCCUGAUUCUUGUUGGAGCUGGCUACUCUACUACGAUCAUGCUUAAGAAUGGUAAAUUGUCGGAUGUAUUGGGUGAACUUCAGUCCUUGGUGAAGGGCAUGGAGAAGUCUGGGGAGCAAUCCGAGGGUGAUUCCGACUACGCUGAUGCUAUUGCUGCUCAGGUGCGUCGACUAGCUAUGGAGGUUCGACAACUCUCCUCGUCACGACAGAUAACUAUUCUCAAUGGAAACUCUGGGAAUAUUGGUAAUUUAUCAUCUCUCAUAGUUCCAGCGGCUACUUUGGGUGCUUUGGGAUAUGGAUACAUGUGGUGGAAGGGACUUUCCUUUUCGGAUCUUAUGUAUGUUACAAAGCGCAAUAUGGCUAAUGCUGUCUCAAACUUAACUAAACAUUUGGAGCACGUGUCAGAGGCCCUUGCUGCAACAAAGAGGCAUUUGACACAGCGGAUUGAGAACUUGGAUGAUAAGAUGUUGAAGCAGAAUGAACUCUCGAAAUUGAUUAAAGAAGAUGUGGCAGGUGUUCAAAAAUCUCUUUCCGACAUUGACUUCGACUUGGGCGAGUUGCACAACAUGGUUUCUGGUUUGGACGGAAAACUAUCUCAACUUGAAUUUAAACAGGAUUUUGCAACUCUUGGUGUAAUGUACUUGUGCAACGUUGUCGAUGGAAAGCAAGUAAAAAUGCCUGAAACAUUAAAGGAGCAGUUUAAAAUUUCAGGCAAGGCUCAGGGUCAGCUGAUGCCUCUGGAAUCUCCCAGUCUUAAGGGUCUUAAAGAACUCACUGAUACACUGUCACAAGAUCUUACAUGCGAGCAACCAAGAGCCCUGCUCAGGUCCACAUCGACGAGAUGUUAAUGAGAAGAGAGAUUGUUUGUUCUGCACCCUCCCGUGUUAAUUCUACCAUCAUCCUCAUAAUUUGUUUAAGUUGUUAAUCAUACAUAUAUCCCAAGGAGGCGUUCUUUGGGCAUUUCCUUGUAUGGAUUUUCUUUUUCUUUUCCCCCCUAAAAUCUAUGAAUAGUUUAUGUUGGCAAUGAGUAUAUUACGGUAUGCGAUGUUAGGACAUUUUGGGGUGUGAUUACUCCUUCACACAAAUAAACUUUUGUAUUGAGAAAAUUUAGUCUACUUCCAGAUUCUACAAAAAUCAAUGAUACGUAAGGGUCAUGGAACAGAAUUUUGCCCCGCGGUUGGCUACUA